AGCUAUCCCAGGAACACCAAAAUCCUGGUGGGUGGCAAAAGUAAACGCAAUAUAAAUGAAAUGCAAGUUUUGCUUCAAAAGAACACAGUAUUGGAUAUGCUGGGAAGCUAGAGCGCAGCCUGCUCUCAGACUAGAUAGCGCUUCCCCCAAAUAACAAGGCUGGAAAUCAAGAGGGAGAAUCCAAAAAGGAAGCACGGCUCCUCUGUAAGAGAUCUCGCUGUGGACACGAAGCUUUUUCUACCUGGUUCGCCUUUUUAAUGGAACAAAUGUGGACUUAUCGAGCGUGGCAAAGAAGGGCAUGGCUUUAAGCAGACUCCUGCUGCUAUGUAUGCUUGCUUCUGAAGUGCGCUACGCUGAGACCAAGCCCAUUGACUUUGUGUGCAGCAGAUCAGCCAGGAGAGCAAUGAAUAUUGGGACAGAGAUGGAGACUGCACUGAACAACUGCAACAGUUCUGCCAUCCUGCCCGCGCCAGUUCAGAUACCCUGCACCGAACUCCACGUAGCAUCUUGGGAAAGAAAAUCACAUCAUGAGAGGAGACAAGACAUCAGCGCAUCCUUGAAGCCUCUUCUUGAGAGUAUCAAGGUUGCAAGGUCACUUGACCAGGCAGAAUGUGGUUCAGUGCUUUUGCAGAAACUGGAGCACAACAUCAACAGCUACCUCCUCAUCCUUACACAUCUUCAAUUGAGUGUAAGAGGCCGUCAAGGACCAGAAGGGGCCAGUGGAGAGCUCAGAACUGUCUUGUGUUCCUCGAAGCACCCUCAGUCUGAGCACAGUCUUGCUGAACUACAGGCGUCUGAUCACAGGCAAACUGGAACGGUUGAUGAUGAGUUUAGAAAGCACUUGUGCUCCUCAGAGACAAGACGAACAUCAGUAAACCCACUUUUCAUUACAUUCGAAUCCUCGAUACACCAGUGACAAACACAACAAGUGCACUCCAUUUUUUCCCCCCAGUUUUUUUUUUCUGAAGGAACCCCAUUACUCAUUGCUUUCAAGAAUGUAACAAUUAUGCACUUGGCCAUUUUGUAAAGUCUAGAUUUUGCACAAAUGCAGAAAAAGAGGGUAAAUGAAUUCAUACAUCCUUCCACUACAUGAAAGACUAUCAAAAGUGAUGCAAUGAGGAGAAAGUAUGAAUUUAUGAAGCAUAACCUCAUAUUUCAUGAACUGAUUAUCUUAAUGUAUUUAAUGGGCAUGCCCUGUGGACAAAUAAGCUUAUUUAACAGCUUACGAGCCCCGUGUUGACAGUCACAUAAAAUAACACUAUUUUCUCCCCAAAAUCCUCUGGGAUUUUACACAGCACUGAUAAUAAAACAAAGAAGCACACACGGUCUAGAUUUGUUUUUGCUCUAGUACUGAUUAUUGGAUUGAUAUCUAACAGACAAUGUGCUAAAUUAGUCUUUAAAACACUGCAUGCAGAACACAGUAUUUGUAAACCUACAAACAUGAGAACGAGUGCUGAUUCUAGUAUGUAUUUCUGCACUUCUGAUUCAUGUGCACACGCUGUUUUUUCUCCCAUGCUAUGAUAACACUGUUGCACACUGUUGCAUUGAAGCCAACACUUGUUCUUUCAUAUUUUGGGGUGUUAAAUCCAAAUCAGACCAUAUAUUUUUUCGUCCUUUGCAAAUUCAAUUUUUCUUUGCAAAUCAAGGUUUAUAUUUCUUGUGCAAAGCAAAAUUAUUGCAAUUUUUUAAAAAUAAAAUUUGGUCCAUAGCCGGUACCUUAAAUCAGCCCAAAAGUAACAAUAUGUAGCAAAAUAAUGUACCAUGUUUGAGGCAACUGCAGACACAGGAAACUGCUGCCCCCGCGACCCGACUUCAGAUAAGCUGUUGAAGAUGGAUGGACGGACGGAUUUGCUGUGCAGCACUGCUGCGAAAAUGGUUUAGUGUCUGGACUAAUACAGUAUGUGAAAAUUGGGUGAAAAUAUAUGAAAAGUCUGAAAAAAAAAUACCACUAAGAAUAUCAUAAAUGCCAGUUGCAUUGAAACUAAAGCAUACUGGUGGAAAAUGAUGGCGAAUUUAAAUCAGUGACCAAAAAGUAUAUCGCAUCAAGCAUCAUUCGUUCAUUCAUCAUCUGAACCUCUUAUCUUCAUGAGGGUCGUAGACCCUAUCCCAGCUAUCAAAGAAUAAAAAAUUUUUUAAAAACUACUGGAAUAGUUUUUUUGUUUUUUUUUUUAAUUGGCCAGUGUAAUGGAUGAAAAACAAGGAUCCAUUGAAAAAUG